CCGCCAUCACUGCAUACAAGCUAAAACAUUAGCCGAAACAUUCUGAGGAAAGCGACUGACAACAGUGUAACGAACGCAGAUACUGGCCGCAUUUCCAUAAGGGAGGCCAUUAAGCGUCCUUUUUUCUGUCCGGGUGCAGAUAGCAGACUAGCAGCUGCCUUUCAUGUAGUCUUUAAGUCAACUUAGUAACGAAAGUCGCUCUAAGUAAUCAUGUCCAACCUCAAAGGCGGCACCAAGAAGGACACCAAGAUGAGGAUACGAGCCUUUCCUAUGACGAUGGAUGAGAAAUACGUAAAUAACAUCUGGGACCUUCUGAAAAAUGCCAUCCAGGAGAUUCAGAGGAAGAACAACAGCGGGCUGAGCUUUGAGGAGCUUUACAGGAAUGCCUACACCAUGGUGCUCCACAAGCAUGGAGAGAAGCUCUAUACAGGCCUAAGGGAAGUGGUCACAGAGCACCUCAUCAACAAAGUACGGGAAGAUGUUCUAAACUCCUUAAACAAUAACUUUCUGCAAACACUGAACCAGGCUUGGAAUGACCAUCAAACUGCCAUGGUUAUGAUCAGAGACAUCCUUAUGUACAUGGAUAGGGUUUAUGUUCAGCAAAACAACGUGGAGAAUGUAUACAACCUCGGCCUAAUCAUAUUCAGGGACCAGGUGGUACGCUACGGCUGCAUUCGGGACCACCUACGACAGACGUUGCUGGACAUGAUUGCGCGGGAAAGAAAGGGGGAAGUUGUAGACAGGGGCGCCAUCAGAAACGCCUGCCAGAUGCUGAUGAUUCUCGGCCUGGACGGUAGAUCUGUAUACGAGGAGGACUUUGAAUGCCCCUUCUUAGACAUGUCAGCUGAAUUCUUCCAGAUGGAGAGCCAAAAGUUCCUGGCAGAAAACAGUGCCAGCGUCUACAUAAAGAAGGUUGAGGCUAGGAUCAAUGAAGAGAUUGAGCGAGUUAUGCACUGCUUAGACAAGUCAACUGAAGAGCCAAUCGUUAAGGUAGUGGAAAGGGAGCUUAUUUCAAAACAUAUGAAAACUAUUGUGGAGAUGGAGAAUUCUGGCUUGGUGCAUAUGCUCAAGAAUGGAAAAACGGAAGAUCUGGCUUGCAUGUACAAGCUAUUCAGUCGAGUACCAAAUGGCCUGAAAACAAUGUGCGAGUGUAUGAGCUCUUACCUGAGGGAACAGGGCAAAGCUCUGGUGUCAGAAGAGGGAGAGGGCAAGAACCCUGUUGAUUACAUUCAGGGUCUGCUAGACUUGAAAACACGAUUUGAUCAUUUCCUCCUCGAGUCUUUCAAUAAUGACAGACUCUUUAAGCAAACUAUUGCUGGAGACUUUGAGUAUUUUCUUAACCUCAACUCACGUUCACCAGAGUACCUGUCAUUGUUCAUAGACGAUAAGCUCAAGAAGGGAGUAAAAGGGCUGACAGAACAGGAGGUGGAGUCUAUUCUCGACAAGGCCAUGGUGUUGUUCAGGUUUAUGCAGGAGAAGGACGUUUUCGAAAGAUACUACAAGCAGCAUCUGGGCCGUCGGCUUCUCAGCAACAAGAGUGUCUCGGAUGAUUCCGAGAAGAACAUGAUCUCUAAGCUGAAGACAGAAUGUGGCUGUCAGUUCACCUCUAAACUGGAAGGAAUGUUCAGAGACAUGAGUAUCUCAAACACUACUAUGGAUGAGUUCAGGCAAUACAUUCAGAGCAUAUCGGCUUCUUUAAGUGGUGUAGACCUAACAGUGAGGGUCCUUACCACGGGUUACUGGCCUACACAGUCUGCAACACCCAAGUGCACCAUCCCUCCUGCUCCUAGAGAUGCAUAUGAAGUCUUCAGAAGGUUUUACCUUGCUAAGCACAGUGGAAGGCAGCUCACACUACAACAUCACAUGGGUGGAGCAGACCUAAAUGCAACCUUUUAUGGAACUAUCAAAAAGGAGGAUGGUUCGGAGGUUGGUGUCGGUGGAGCACAGGUAACAGGUUCUAACACCCGAAAGCACAUCUUGCAGGUCUCCACCUUCCAGAUGACCAUCCUCAUGCUCUUCAACAACAGGGAAAAGUGCACUUUUGAGGACAUCCAGCAGGAGACAGACAUCCCAGAGAGAGAGCUGGUGCGGGCGUUGCAGUCUUUAGCCUGUGGAAAACCUACACAAAGAGUUCUAACAAAAGAGCCAAAGUCAAAAGAGAUCGAAAAUGGCCAUGUGUUUACAGUCAAUGAUCAGUUUACCUCCAAGCUGCACAGAGUCAAAAUCCAGACAGUUGCUGCUAAACAAGGAGAAUCGGAUCCUGAAAGAAAGGAGACACGACAGAAAGUCGAUGAUGACAGGAAGCAUGAGAUCGAGGCAGCCAUCGUCCGCAUCAUGAAGUCGAGGAAGAAGAUGCAGCACAAUGUUCUGGUAGCAGAGGUGACCCAGCAGCUCCGAGCACGGUUUCUUCCCAGUCCUGUGGUAAUCAAAAAGCGCAUUGAAGGACUGAUAGAAAGAGAAUACUUGGCACGGACGCCAGAGGAUCGCAAAGUGUACACCUACGUGGCGUAGGAGAUGAAUGCUGGGGAGUAAAGAUUGGAAUGUUUUCUGUGGACUGUUGUUGCGUAUGGACUGUAAGUUUCUUUUACAGACAUCGACUGGAACCCUGAUUCAUCAACUCGUGCAAAAAAUCAAAAACAAAAAAAAAACACAAUAAGCCCUUGAACAUGGGACG